CCCGUUUGAUGCCGAAGUAUGUCCGAAAAUUUGCCUACGUAGGCACCAGGAAAGCAUUACUUGGAAACCGAAAAGUGUUUUUACGGAACAAUAUGCUUCUUUCUUGUGGCCACCUAGCAGUUUCGAUCGUUCUUGAUGGAAAUCAACGUUCUAUAAUUCUCGCGUGAGCUGAUGUGGCCAUCACAUCAGCUGUUGGCCGUUUGACAGUAAUUUCCUUAGCGUGAUUGGAAAUUUAAAUUUAGACAAAAAUUAACCGAUAGCGCGAGCUGCAUCGGAGAGGGAUACUUUCGUGUUGACCUUGCGUUGGCAGUUUCAAGAAUUAGAGGCGAUUUCCGGCAGACACAAAGGUUAUGAACUGAACAGAUGUGACUUAUUGCGUCCUCACAAAGGGAACAUUAGCACACCAUGGAUGGCCGACCUGGAAAGGCAGGGAAUAAUUCAAAGCUAACGGGAAAAUACAUUGCUGGACGAGGAAGAGCCCUCAAGGAAUUUUCAAGGACACAGCCUAAAGCAGAGGAGGUUGAAAGAAGAAAACAAGUGCAACAAUUGUUUCUAAGUGGACAAUUAGAUGUUAUGCUGGAUAAGUUAAAUGGUACUGGUAAAAAUGGAAGCACUUCAGAUUCCAUGUCAUCCUCCUCCAGCCAGUUACAACUGGAUGAGAUGGAAAUUGAUUCCUAUACAGAAUUAAAUGAUGAAAUAAAUAGUUCAAAGGCCCCAAUGCAAAGUGCACAGUGGCAAAGGGACAUGAAAACAACACCUGCGUUUCAUAAUGACCUUGAAAACCACAUAAACAGAUUGAAUAUUGAUAGCAGUGAAGAUGGUGCUGCAAAUAAUAAUCUUCCUCCAAGAUUCAGAAACAAACAGCUUGGAAAGCACUUCAAAAAACAAAAGCCACCAUCUAGAUUACCAAACAAGAGUGUAAAUGAGCGUCUGUUUAAGAUGGGAGUGAGCCAGGAAUGGGAUAAUUCUAAUCAAACAAAAAGCCAAGAUCCUGUGAUUGCAGCAAAUUACAACACUGAGAGCGUGAAGACAAAUACAGAUCCUUGGGAUGAUUGGGAGAGGUUGGUUGUGGCUCCAGUACAUGUCAUUGAUGAUGAAGAUUUGGACGAAAUUAUUGCCAUUACUGAUAAUGAUAACUUGGAUGAUGUUAUGGUACAACAGUAUGUCAAUGCUCUUCAUCAGGAGAAGGCAUCUGGUGCUUCCAAAGCCAAUCGUUCAAAGGCCACACCCAGCCGCAUUCAAGCCAUUGGUAAUCUCAAGUCAACUACAAAUGCUGAUUCUUAUCAGGUUCCUCCAGGUACUAUACCAAACCCACCCAAAGGACCAGAUCGCUGGGGUGGCAAGGAACUCAAAAACAUUGAUGGUCCCACAGGUUGGGGUGAACUUGUUGAGGAUUUUGGAAAUUGGUAUGAUGAUGGAUCCAGUUGCUGGUCAAGGACAUCGCCUAACACAGAGGACUCUACAGACAAAUGCAUUGGUGCUGGUACAUGGGACACUGUGUUGUCAUCCCCCACACAGGUACUACUUAAAGAAGCUAAAAAUGACUCUUCUAUGGAUUUAACUGGUGCCACACACUGGUUAAAGGUGCCAGUGGAAAGCACAGAGUUGCAGAAGGAAAUGAAAACAGCAGCUAAGCCCCAUAAUAACCAGGAAGACAACAAAGACAAAUUGAAUACUCCUGGAAGUGAAGAUGCUUCCUCAUUGAAUAAUCUUCCUCCAAGAUUCAGGAACAAACUGGUAGGAAAGAACUUCAAAAAACAACAAUCACAGCCUGGUAAACCAAACAAGAGUGUUAUCGGUGGACAACAAUUUGAGAUGGAAGCCAGCCAAGAAUGGGGUAAUCCCAACGAAUCAAGAAAGCAGGAACCAUUUCCUGUGAUGCCAGCAAAACAUAGUAACCAGAAGACAAGUUUAGAUAUUUGGGAUGAUUGGGAAACAUCAGUUGUUGCUCCAACACAUGCAAUUGAUGAUGAAGAUUUGGAUGAAAUUAUGACCAUUACUGAUAAUGAUAACUUGGAUGAUGUUAUGGUACAACAGUAUGUCAAUGCUCUUCAUCAGGAGAAAGCAUCUGGUGCUUCCAAAGCCAAUCGUUUAAAGGCCACAUUCAGCCGCAUUCAAGCCAUUGGUAACCUCAAGUCAACUACAAAUGCUGAUUCAUAUCAGGUUCCUCCAGGCACUAUACCAAACCCACCCAAAGGACCAGAUCGCUGGGGUGGCACCGAACUCAAAGCCAUUGAUGGUCCCACAGGAUGGGGUGAACUAGUUGAAGAUUCUAGCAAUUGGUACGAUGAUGGAUCCAAUCUGUGGUCAACAACAGAGCCCCAAGCAAAGGAAACUGUUGAAAAAUGCAUUGGGGCUGGUAAACAUGGAAGCACUGGUGACUUUGUUUCCUCCUCCUCUAGCCAGCUACAACUGGAAGAGACUAAAGUUGACUCCUGUGUGGAUUCCACUGGUGACAUCCACUGGUCAAGGACCUCAAUGGGUAGCCCACAGUGGCAAGGAGAUAUUAAAACAACAUCUGUGUUUCAUAAUGAACUUGAAAACCACAUCAACAAAGUAAAUGUUGCUCCAAAUGAAGACCAUGACUCAAAUAAUAAUUUUCCUCCAAGAUUCAGAGAUAAAAAGUUUGGAAAGUACUACAAAUCACAAAAGCCACAGCCUGGACAGCCCAAAAAGAGUGUGAAUGCACAGCAAUUUGAGAAGGGAGCAAGCCAGGAAUGGGAUAAUCCUAAUUGGACAAAAAAACAGGAACCAUUACCAGCAAAAUUUAAUACUCAGGAGACAAAUCCUGAUUCUGACCAUUUUCCUCCAGGUACUAUACCAAACCCACCCAAGGGACCAGAUGGUGGCAAGGAACUCAAAGGUAUUGACAGUCCCACAGGGUGGGGUGAACCUGUUGACAAUCCUGAGAAUUGGUAUGAUGAUGGAUCCAUUCGUUGGUCAAACUCUUCUACUACAAGUGGAGGAUGGAGUUGGAACUGCUGAUCCGAAGCACAAAUUAUGUAACCUUUGGCCUGUGUGGCUGGGAAGGUGUUAUCUGCUUUACCAUAAACCCCUGCUCCCCUGAAUGCGAGAAAUUUCUUCUCUGGUAACUUAGCCAAUCAUAUAUCACUAAUAGGUAAAAAUUUUUUGUUUGUGAAAAUGCAUGGAGCAAAUGCUCUGAGGGUUCCUCAUUAUAAAAUGGUUGUUGACUGAAGGGAAAAAAUAAGUACACUCUGGUGAGCAGGUACCCAUAUUUGUAGAAUUAACUGCAGAGGCCAAAAUUACCACCUGUGCACUGAUAUUUUGAAGUUAUUAUAUGAUGGUUUGAAAUCUCUAUCAUUCAUUUAGGGUAAUUUUCCAUUAAUGUUUUUCUCAUAAAAUUAUUAUACAAUAGAAAAUACAAUUAAUAUUAUGAUGAUCAUCUUUUUACAAGAAAAUGGUUUCUUUACAUAGAAAUUUAAAAUGUCUUUGACUAUUUUCUAAAAUCCCAACGUUUUAUUUUUUAAAAUUUUCCAUUAGUAGAAUAAAAUUUCCAGUAAUUGUACAGAAUGAAUUUCUAUAGAAUUUGCUUUUCAGACAACAUUUGUACUCACAAAGGUGUUCACAGAAGUUUGAGGCAAAAAAACUGUUGGUCUUUUUAAGUAGAGCUCUUUCCUUUGUAUAUAAAAAAGAGCAACAUACUUUCCAUGUUUUGUCAUGGUAAAAUGCAAGGUGGGAUGCUGCAACUGCAAAUAUUGCAACUACUGCUGUUCAUUCAAGUGAACAUUGUUUAUUUAAAAUUUACAUCAUUCAAACUGUUCAGACAGUGAGAGAAUUGUCUUUUUGUUAUACAGUACCAUUAUUUAUGGCAUCUGCAAAAAGAUUCAGAUAACAGUGGGAUGCUCAAACAAGUACAUGUCCUGUGAAUGAUUCUUGUUCAAAACAGUGCAAUAUGGGAAAGUAGGAACACCUGAGCUUUAGUAGACUUCACUGUAAUAUAGAAGUUUUGAGAGAAUCUUAAACAUUUUUUAAAUUAUUACAAACUCUUAAAUGCUGGUCAGUAAGAGUAGCUGUAAAACUGUAAUUAAAGGGACAAAGGAUAAUUUAGGAUUGCAAAUGAUAAACAUGAGAAAAAUGUAUGCUAAAUUCCUUAAAACGGAAAAUAGAAGCAGCCCAGUGGUUGUAAAUGCCCUUGCCUUUUAUUGACUGUAUUGUGUUGGCAUAUAACAUGCUCAUGGUCUCACAAUGGUCUUUACUGCACUUUGCAAUAAAAGAAUACUUAAGGUG